AUCAUCAUAGCAAACCUGCCCAGGACGGCAUUACGAGGUGUCUGUCAUCUUAGCAAUGCGAAAAAACACACUAAAGCCAAGAAAAUUUGCCAGACUAGCAAUGUGGAAAAUGAAGACACUUCCAACUGGUCAAGUUUAUAAAAUGAGAAGAAAUCACUAAGCAUUUGCUCUCGUCGACGUUCUUCGAAACCUUUAAGUGUCUGUUUCGCUAUGGAGCAUCUUCGUUUCUUUCUGCUCUUCAUCUUCCAAAUUUAUCUGUAUUGCUUCAUCAUGGGCACAGCGGAAAGCCUCAGUGCCAGCACCGACAGGGCAGCCCUUCUAUCUUUCAAGGCCGCAGUUUCUGACCCUCAAAGCUUUCUUAGCGGGUGGUCUCAUCAAAAUAUUUCUCACUGUACAUGGCACGGCGUCACUUGCUCCGUCAAAGGAGCUCGAGUCCGGUCACUUAGACUCUCUGGCCUCGGCCUUUCAGGCCCCAUACCCCCUCACCUCUCAAACCUUAGCUCCCUCUUUAUGCUUGACCUCGCCAAUAAUUUACUUUACGGCCAUAUUCCGCCUGAGCUUGGUCGUCUCUCCCACCUUCAGUAUCUGUUCCUUGAAAUGAAUAACAUUAAUGGCACCAUCCCAGUUCUUAUAUCUGAGUGUCAUAAUCUUCAGACGAUCAGUUUAUAUAGGAACCAACUCACCGGCAACGUUCCUUCUCAACUAGGUUAUUUGCAAAGGCUUGAAAUUCUCGACCUGGCUAUCAAUAACAUCACUGGUCCAAUCCCGGCAACAUUUGGAAAUCUGACCUCUCUCAAGAACCUUUCCCUUGCAAGAAACCAGCUUCUUGGCGAAAUCCCAAGCGAGCUGGGUCAUCUUCGUAACAUUCGUUGGAUUCAGUUGUCAGAGAAUCAGCUUAGUGGAGAGAUUCCAUAUUCUAUUUGGAACAUUUCUUCUUUAGUCUACUUGUCUCUAACACAGAACAACCUCACAGGAAAGCUACCAAGUAAUAUGGUUUCUGCUCUUCCAAAUCUCAGGGAGCUUCAUUUGGCACAUAACAGGCUUGAAGGAAAGUUGCCCAGUUCCUUAUCCAAUGCCUCAAGCAUUCAGAAUCUGGAGCUCUCUACCAAUGGUUUUCAUGGGCCAAUUCCCCUGUUUGGUGGAAUGAAAGAUCUUCUUUACUUAAAUCUUGGGAAUAAUUUUCUUUCUUCUACUACGGAGCUUAAUUUCCAGUUAAUUGAGUCUCUAAAAAACUCUACGCAGCUGGAAGAGCUCAUGAUCUUUUCCAACCGAUUGGCUGGUCAACUUCCAAGUUCUGUUGCAAAUCUGUCAACUCAUCUCCAACAGUUCUGUUUUGCUGAUAAUUUAUUGACUGGAAGCUUCCCUCAAGGUAUCGACAGGUUUCAAGAACUCAUAUCCCUAUCGAUAGAAGACAAUUCUUUCGUUGGUGAUAUACCAGAAACCAUAGGCAGGCUUAAGAAACUACAGAAUUUUGCAGCAUACAGAAACAUGUUCUCUGGAGAAAUUCCAGAUAUCUUUGGCAAUUUUACGCACCUCUCUUCUCUAGCAAUAGGAGGAAACCAGUUCUCUGGUAGAAUACCCACUAGCAUCAGAGCUUGCCAGCGAUUGAAUAAUCUAGACUUAGCUGCGAAUAUGCUGAAUGGGAGCAUACCAAUGGAGAUUUUUGGGCUUUCUACGUUAUCUUGGUUGAAUUUGAGACAGAAUGCUUUGUCUGGUCCAUUACCUGCAGAAGUUGGUAACUUGAAACAGAUACAAUUCAUGGAUGUUUCUGAUAAUCAAUUAUCAGGAAAUAUUUCCUCAACAAUUGGUAGCUGCUCAAGCUUACAACAUCUCUUUAUGGCUGGAAACAAUUUUUCAGGCUCCAUCCCAAGUACAAUCGGAAAAUUAGCAUCUCUGGAGUCCUUGGAUCUGUCGUCAAAUAGUCUCACUGGCACAAUCCCUGAAGAGCUAGGACAACUUGAGUAUUUAGUCCAGCUUAAUCUGUCCUUCAAUCAUUUGGAAGGCGCAAUUCCAACGAGCGGUGUCUUCAUGAACCUCAGCCAGCUGAAUAAUCUUAAAGGAAACGAAAGGCUUUGCCAUGGUAAUCAAACAACAGCAGAAAACUUAGGACUCCAUGAAUGCAUUGCGAAGAGAAGAAACAGGAACAGGCAUAUUUUGUUGAAAGUCUUACUUCCUAUGGCUAUUGUCGCCUGCUUAAUGAUUGUGUUGUGCUUUGCUUGCAAAGUUAUAUCCUGGAAAAAUCAAAAGACUAAGGGAGGCAAAGGAAGAUUGUCCUCUAAUAUAAAGGGGUUGCCUCCAAAGAUUUCUUACUCUGAUAUCCGGCAAGCUACAGAGAAUUUCUCACCGGAAAAUUUGAUAGGGAAGGGUGGAUUUGGUUCUGUCUACAAAGGCAUCUUCAGAAAUGUUGAAGAUGGAGAAACCAUCCUAGCAGUAAAAGUCCUGGACUUGCAGCAAAGUAAAGCUGCUCGGAGUUUUGCAGCAGAAUGUGAAGCUCUGAAGAGUGUUCGGCACAGGAACCUUGUGAAAGUUAUCACUUCUUGCUCUAGCAUUGAACUUAAUGGAGAAGAAUUCAAAGCUCUAGUUAUGGAGUUCAUGUCCCAUGGAAACUUAGAUAAGUGGCUGUAUCAAGAAGAUGAAGAAUCUGGUUUAUACCUAACGCUAUUGCAAAGACUGAAUAUUGCAAUAGAUGUGGCUUCUGCCAUUGAUUACUUGCACAAUGACUGUGAUCCCCCAUUAGUUCAUUGUGAUCUGAAACCUGGAAAUGUGCUAUUAAACAAUGAUAUGGUGGCUCAUGUUGGCGACUUUGGAUUGGCAAGGUUUCUUCCUGUAAAUCCAUCAGGGAAUGACAGCAGCACAAUAGGACUCAAGGGCUCAAUUGGUUACAUAGCUCCAGAGUAUGGGCUGGGUGGCAAGACUUCAACCUGUGGAGAUGCCUACAGUUUUGGGAUCCUGCUAUUGGAGAUGUUUAUAGCAAAGAAGCCCACAGACGAAAUGUUCAAAGAAGGUUUAAGCUUGAAUAGCUUUGCAACAGCAGUUAAUGAGAAUCAUGUAAUGGAGAUUGCUGAUCCAAGGCUUUUCAAGAAUAAUUCAUUGCGAAGAAGAGACGCUAAUUUUUCUACUGAUGUGUCCAGCGGAAAUAGCAUAACAAGUAGUACUAGUGCUAGUACUAUUUCUAUUCAUUCGCUAGAGAAAAGUCAAGAGUUGGUAGCUGCUGCUAUAAGAGUUGGUUUGCUAUGUGCAGCUUCUUCUAUGCAAGAUCGUUUAUCCAUGAGAGAAGCCUUAGCGAUGCUGCAGAAGAUCAAGAGAUCAGCAAUGCCCCAAGCUUGAAAAAUUGCAUUGCUUUCAUUUACACCCUGUUUAAUUUUGCUGUCAGAUAUAGUUAGACUGAUUGCCAAUAACUUAUAGCUGAUAAUAAAUAAACAUAAAAAUGAAAAUCAACUAUGAGAUAAGCGAUUUAUUUGUAGCGGACCGACCAAAUACAAACAGAAUUUAGUAUUAAUCUAUUUAUUCCUGUGGCUAUACAAAAAGUUGACUUUUUUUUAGUGA